AGUCUCUCAACCUCUCACAACGAUUCGCUCGCUAGCAUAACUCUUCUUUCUCCAGGUGAGUAGGCGCAAUGCGCAAGUACAUCUCCCCCGAGAUGACAGUUUUCUAUUCGGUCUGCAAGCCGAUCUCGAUGGACGCCACGUCUGGUCUCAGAGGUGGCGUCCGCAAAAUGAGAGCGGGUUAACCCAUUCAAGUCCCUGAGGGUUCUUCGCUUCUUCCUUUCUUCUUCCGUGAUUUCGAGAAAACAGUGGAGGUCUGACAACGUCCCCUUUUGGCCUGCUCAGCACAUCAUGGCUCCCACGGCUACCAGCGCACCCUCCACGAACAACCGGAAUCUCGAGGGCAUCAGCAAUUAUACCAAGUUCUGGCAGAAGGACAGCAAGAACGACGGAGAGACGGACACGGCUAAUCGCGUCGACCAAUAUACCAGCGUCGUCAAUGGAUACUACGAUGGAGCCACGGAUCUGUACGAGUACGGGUGGGGCCAGAACUUCCACUUCUGCCGCUACUACCCUGGCGAGGCCUUCUACCAGGCGCUUGCGCGCCACGAGCACUUCUUGGCCCACUCGAUGCACCUGCGCCCCAAGAUGCGCGUCCUCGACGUCGGCUGUGGCGUUGGCGGCCCUGCGCGCGAAAUUGCCCGCUUCGCAGACGUAGAAAUCGUCGGGCUCAACAACAACGAGUACCAGAUCGCGAGGGGAACAAAGUACACCCAGAAGGCCGGCCUCGAGGGCCAGGUCAGUUUCGCCAAGGGCGACUUCAUGAAGCUCGUCGAGAAGUUCGGCGAGAACUCAUUCGACGCCGUCUACGCCAUCGAGGCUACGUGCCACGCGCCCAACUUCGAGGGCAUCUAUGGGCAGAUCAAGUCGGUGCUCAAGCCCGGCGGCUACUUUGGACUGUAUGAGUGGUGCAUGACCGAUGACUACGAUGCCAGCAACCCGGAGCACAAGCGCAUCGCUCACGGCAUCGAGCUGGGCAACGGCAUCCCCGAGAUGCGCUCGAUCUCGGCGGCCAGGACUGCCCUCAAGAAUGUCGGCUUUGAGAUCGAGAAGGAGGAGGACCUCGCCGCGAGGGGCGACAAGAUCCCAUGGUACUACCCGCUCGAGGGCGACUUGCGCAAGUGCCAGACGCUCUGGGAUGUCGUCAUGUGCUGGCGCAUGACGUGGAUGGGCAAGGUGACGACCCAGACGACUGUCAAGGUUCUCGAGCGUUUCGGACUGGCCCCCAAGGGCACCUAUGAUGUCGGCGAGAGCCUCAAGAUUGCCGCAGACUCGCUCGUUGCCGGUGCACAGUCGAACCUCUUUACCCCCAUGAUGCUCUUCGUCUGCCGCAAGCCCCAGAACUAGAGCUAGACUUUGUUUAAGCUUUACCAGACACCUUGGCUGAACGUUAAUAUUGCACAUGUUAUUCUCUCUUUACUCCUCUUCUUACUCGUCUGUCUCUUCGUCCCCAUCUUCCUCGAUUGGAAAGAAGUCCACAACGACUGGGUCGUCCUGCUUGCC